UCUUGACAAAACCCAACGAAAGUCGCCCAAAACCUCCAAAACUCCACGAAACCCCAAAAAAGCCGCGCCCGAAACGUCCAAAUCUUGACGAAACCCAACGAAAGUCGCCCAAAACCUCCAAAUCUUGACAAAACCCAACAAAAGUUGCCCAAAACCUCCAAAACUUGACAAAACCCAAGAAAGCCGCGCCCGAAACGUCCAAAACUUGACAAAACCCAACGAAAGCCGCCCAAAACCUCCAAAACUCGACAAAACCCAAAAAAGCCGCGCCCGAAACGCCCCAAAACUUGACGAAACCCAACGAACGUCGAGCGAAACCCUCCGAAAAUCACAACAAACCCAAAGAACGCCCUAACCCUCGAAGGAACCGACCGCCACCGCACACGCGUGUCCCAUGGAGAGCAUGCCGGCGGCGGGCACGCCGACGAGCGGCGACGCGUGCCUGAGCAUCGUGCACAGCCUGAUGUGCCACCGGCAGGGCGGCGAGAGCGAGACGUUCGCCAAGCGCGCCAUCGAGAGCUUGGUCAAGAAGUUGAAGGAGAAGAAGGACGAGCUGGACUCGCUCAUCGCCGCCAUCACCACCAACGGCGCCCACCCCAGCAAGUGCGUCACCAUCCAGCGGACGCUGGACGGGCGGCUGCAGGUCGCGGGCCGCAAGGGCUUCCCGCACGUGAUCUACGCGCGGCUCUGGCGCUGGCCGGACCUGCACAAGAACGAGCUGAAGCACGUCAAGUACUGCCAGUUCGCCUUCGACCUCAAGUGCGACAGCGUCUGCGUCAACCCCUACCACUACGAGCGCGUCGUCUCGCCCGGCAUCGAUCUCUCGGGGCUGACGCUGCAGAGCUCAGCCCCCCCGGCGGCCGCCAUGCUGGUGAAGGACGAGUACACGCGUGACUUCGAGGCGGCGCCCGAGGCCCGGGCCCCGCCCACGGUGCAGCACACGCCAGCGUCACGCGUGUCCUCCGAGGGCUACCCGGCCGCCGCCGCCAUGAUGGCGCCGGGCGAGGCCGGCGGCGCCAACUUCGCCGGGGUGCCGGUGGCGCCGGCGGGGCCGGUCCACAACGAGCUCGCCUUCCAACCUCCGAUCUCCAAUCACCCCGCGCCGGAAUAUUGGUGCUCCAUCGCCUACUUCGAGAUGGACGUGCAGGUGGGCGAGACCUUCAAGGUGCCCUCCAGUUGUCCCGUGGUCACCGUGGACGGUUACGUGGACCCGUCGGGCGGCGACCGCUUCUGCCUGGGCCAAUUGUCCAACGUGCACCGGACGGAGGCCAUCGAGAGGGUCAGGCUGCACAUCGGCAAGGGCGUGCAGCUGGAGUGCAAAGGCGAGGGCGACGUGUGGGUGCGGUGCCUGAGCGACCACGCCGUCUUCGUGCAGAGUUAUUACCUGGACCGCGAGGCGGGCCGGGCGCCCGGCGACGCCGUGCACAAGAUCUACCCCAGCGCCUACAUCAAGGUGGGCUGCGUUAAUUAAUCCAUUAAUUAAUUAAUUAAUUGAUUGAUUGAUUGAUCGGUUAAUGGAUACGUCGAUUUGUUGGUGGAUCGGUUGGUUGGG